UAACCCAACUUGGGUUAUUUUUAACCCACCGUUUUUUAGAGUCACAGAGGUUAAACAUUUAACCCAACCGCUGGGUCAAAACAACCCAAUUGCAGGGUUUGUCCAUAUUUAAUCCAACUUGGGUUAUUUUUAACCCAGCACUUUUACAACCCAAUUGCUGUCCAUAUUUAACCCAACUUGGGUUAUUUUUAACCCAGCAUUUUUUAGAGUCACAGAGGUUAAACAUUUAACCCAACCACUGGGUUUGUCCAUAUUUAACCCAACUUGGGUUAUUUUUAACCCAGCAUGUUUUAGAGUCACAGAGGUUAAACAGUUAACCCAACCGCUGGGUUUGUCCAUAUUUAACCCAACUUGGGUUAUUUUUAACCCAGCAUUUUUUAGAGUCACAGAGGUUAAACAUUUAACCCAACCACUGGGUUUGUCCAUAUUUAACCCAACUUGGGUUAUUUUUAACCCAGCAUGUUUUAGAGUCACAGAGGUUAAACAGUUAACCCAACCGCUGGGUUUGUCCAUAUUUAACCCAACUUGGGUUAUUUUUAACCCAGCAUUUUUUAGAGUCACAGAGGUUAAACAUUUAACCCAACUUGGGUUAUUUUUAACCCAGCAUGUUUUAGAGUCACAGAGGUUAAACAGUUAACCCAACCGCUGGGUUUGUCCAUAUUUAACCCAACAUGGGUUAUUUUUAACCCAGCAUUUUUUAGAGUCACAGAGGUUAAACAUUUAACCCAACAACUGGGUUUGUCCAUAUUUAACCUAACUUGGGUUAUUUUUAACCCAGCAUGUUUUAGAGUCACAGAGGUUAAACAGUUAACCCAACCGCUGGGUUUGUCCAUAUUUAACCCAACAUGGGUUAUUUUUAACCCAGCAUUUUUAGAGUGUACUCAAAUAUAUCUGAUUGUUAGAGAUCCAUGAAUUAUUAUCGGUGUAAAGCAUUAGUUGAAGCACUGAAUCUCUGUGCGGGAGUGUGUGUUUUCAGAUGAUCUGCAUAUGUGAAUGAUGUGUUUGUGCUGAGAGAGAUCAGAGCGCUUCUGCCCACCCGACCCGAGAUGACGCGCGACUCCUCGGCAGAGGCUUAUCCCGGACACUAAUGCUCCUGUCAGCGCUCGGCACUUUUCAGUCUAAUAACUAGUAGACGGUGAGGAGGAGGAGGAGGAGAGGUUGUCAUGGACCCUGGAGUGUGCGCUCUGGAGCUGCUGGGUGUGUUUUUCUCGCUGGCCGCCUGCUUGUGUUCGCUCCUCACCACCGCCUCGCCCCGGUGGCUCACGCUCUCCACGGAGCUCCUGCCUACGGAGAGCUUCGAGCUGGGACUGUGGGGAACGUGCGUGGUGCAGGAUCUCGGGGUGACCGAGUGCAGGCCGUACGACAGUCUGCUGGGUCUCCCUCCUGACAUCCGGCUGGCCAGAAUCCUGAUGUGCGCCACGGUGGCGGCGGGUUUGAUCGGCCUGUUGUUCGCCGUUCCGGGCAUCUACCUGGUGAACAGCUGCAGACGCACCGAGAACUUCGAAGCCAAGCGGACCCUGAAGAUGCUCGGGGGGAUCAUGUGCUUCGUCGCAGGAGUCCUCGGCCUCGUGCCCGUCUCGAACGUGGCGCACCUGACGGUCCUGCGCUUCUUUGACGAGAGCGUGCCGAGCGUGGUUCCUCGCUGGGAGUUCGGAGAUGCGCUCUUCUUCGGCUGGACCGCUGGGUGUUUGCAUUUGGUGGCUGGAUUCUUGUUGGUCACCUCCUGCUUGUGUCUGCGAGAGGAAACGUGCCCGUUACACCAGUCUAUACCGCUAAACAGAGCACAAAUGAGGAAUUCAGAACGCAGGAGGACAGAAUAUGUGUGAGACGAAUGGUUGGUUAAAGGCACAGUUUUGCUUCAACUAAUGUUUUACUGCACAGAUAAUAAUUCAGUGAUCUCUAUUGAUCAGAUAUAUAUGAGUAGAUUUAUGUGUAAAUAAAUGCUGCUACUUUUUGUGUUUUAUUUUUGAGUCAGAUUUGGUAACUCUUUACAAUAAGGUACUAUUAGUUAAUGCAUUUAAAUAACAAUGAGCAAUACAUUUAUUACAGUCUUUGUUAACGUUAGUUAAUAAAAAUACAACUAUUCAUUGUUAGUUCAUGUCAGCUCAGGUCCAUUAAAUAUAAUAUUAACACAUACAACUUUUUGAUUCUAAUAAUUGUGUUAGUUAAUGUUCAAAUUAACAUGCUUUAGAAUAUUUUUUUUAUUGUUCAUGUUUAAUUAAUGUUAACAAAUGGAACCUUAUUGUAAAGUGUUACCAUUCAUUUUGAUUUGAAAUCAUCAGUACUGUUGCAAGCUAUUUGUGAAUCAUUUUAUAAGCUCAUUUGACUCCCAGAUCUGCACACGUGAAUGUGAUUCUAAUGAGAAACGGUUUACUAAUCAUGGAAAUGAAAUACGCAAACUUUCCAAGAAAGUGCAACCUAGACUUUUAUGACUAUAAGGUCAUUUAUAAGAGAGACAAUUUUAUGCUAAUUAUCCAAAUAUUACCUGAAAACCAGCUGCAAGCUUGUCAGUUCGUCUGUUUUUAUAUUUUAAAGCAUUUAAAGAGAGCGAGUGAAAUUAUAUCUUGUGUUCUCUGACAUGACAAAGUACCAAAGUUGUGAUGAUCAGUCAAUAAAUCAGCUGAAUGUU